AUGAGUUUUGUCCUAUCUCGUACUCCGUACAAAAGUUCACAUGAUCAGCAAGCUUCACCGCAAGCUGCUGCAGUUUCGCUUUGGACCAACACAAUGUUGCCGUUCGUUGUGUUUCUGUCGGUUCUGCUGGUCGUGAGCGGCUCCGGCGUGUGUCCGUGUGACAGGCCGGAGCUCUGUCAGCCAAUCCGGGGAGAGAGAGAGUUUGAGGUGUUUGUGUUUGAUGUGGGCGGAAAGACAUGGAAAUCCUACAACUGGAGCAUGGUGACGACAGUGGCCGCCUUUGGGAGUUAUGACGCUGAGCUAAUGUGUUUCGCUCACUCCAAAGGAGCGCGAGUUGUCCUCAAAGGUGAUGUUCAUAUUCCCUACAUUGUGGACCAAGCCAACAGGACCAGAUGGAUAACGGAGCAGGUCAGUUUGGCCAAGAAGCAGUUCAUGGACGGGAUUAACAUUGACGUUGAGCAAGCAGUGGAAGACGGCUCUCCAGAGUACUAUGCUCUGACAGCACUGGUCAAUGAGACGACGGAGGCCUUCCACAGGGAAAUCCCAGGCUCUCAGGUUUCAUUUGAUGUCGCCUGGUCACCAAAAUGUAUCGACAAGCGCUGCUAUGAUUACGUCACCAUCGCCAAAUCCUGUGACCUGGUGUUUGUGAUGUCCUACGAUGAGCAGAGCCAGAUCACCGGAGACUGCAUUGCAAUGGCAAAUGCCCCAUUCAACCAAACUCGAAAAGCCUAUGACGACUAUUUGGAUCUGAAGAUUCAUUCAAAUAAGCUGCUGAUGGGAGUACCAUGGUACGGCUAUGACUAUCCAUGUGUUAACCUUUCUCAGGAGGGCAUUUGUUACAUACCUAAAGUCCCGUUCCGUGGAGCUCCUUGCAGCGAUGCAGCGGGAAAACAAAAAUCAUACAAAUGGAUCAUGAAGCAGCUCAACAGCCCAACGUCGUCCGGCAGACUCUGGGAUGAUGAGCAAAAAGCUCCUUACUUCUAUUACAAGGAUGAGACAGGACAGUCCCAUCAGGUUUGGUACGAUGACCCGCAGAGUCUGUCCCCCAAAGCGGACUACGUCAUGUCCAAAGGCCUGAGAGGCAUCGGCAUGUGGAACGGCAACAUUUUGGACUACAGCGACGAUCCUGUAGCCAGGCAGCAGACCGCGCUGAUGUGGAAUGCCCUGUUAGGAUCCAAACUGGGAUGAACCGAAUGCUCCAGCAGGAGCUUCUGACUGAGCUGCUGAGCUCGCUCCCGUUGGUUUCCAAACAUCUUCGUUUAUAGUUGUAACUGGGCGUGGCCUCUGUUCAACUUCAGGGAUGCUUACUUGCAUGUUGCUUUUUUUACUUUAGAUGCAAUGAAUUAUGAUUCAGUAACAAAGACAAUCGUUUUAAUCGCAUUUGCACUGAUUUUUGAUUACCAUUCCAAGAACUGUGAUCUUUUUUUUUACUUUGUUCUUUAAUAAAGCUUUUACUAAUCGA